AGUGUAGAAGAGGUUGCAGAAGCAGUGGUUGCAAUUGUUUCGGCUAAAAUGGCGGCAAUUGCGUUCUCCUGUGACCAUUGGAGUAAUUACAGAUAAUCAUCUUCGGCUGACAAUUGUUUUCGUUCGGUUAUUGUUCAUUGGUGGGUGCAAAAGGAUUAACGUGGAAAGGUGUAGAAUCGGAAAGGAUAUUUCAAAAAAAUUCAAGUAAUUUCAAAAACAGUGUAAAUCGGCAGCAACAACAGCGUUCCAAGACGACUCGUACCGGCAAAACAAGUACACCCAUACAUUUAUAUAUACAUACAGAUAUAUAUAUAUAUAUGUAUAAACGUUCGUUUCGCACAUGAAUUCGAUCAUAACCAAAAACCAUGGAAUUUCUGCAGUACAUUAGAUCUCUACUAACGGCUGGCGCCCCUAGUCGAAAACGCAGUGCAUCUGAUGUCCUAGAAUUUCCAAACAACAUAAAGCAUAAAAAAGUGCACAGGAAUCCAGAGGAUAAAUGGUUGUGCGAGCCCUCAUUGACUAGUGAUACUUGCAUAAACUUGAUGGAACCUACUGACUUGGGCCUAACAACCAGCUGGAAGAAGUUCUCUUCCACCUCUAACCUUAAAACAAUAGUCAUAAAUGAUGAUGUUGAUGAGAUAGAUGAUGAAGAUAUUGUGGCUAAUGAUGAGAGUAAUGAUAAAAUGAGUAAAUCAUUGAAAUUGACAUCUACUCCCAACGUUUCACUGUUCAAAGAAAAUGGCAUAGAUGACAUAAAAUUCAAGAAAUUCAGAGAUUCCAUAAAGAGGCCCAUUAAAAAACAAUCUAUCUAUAAUAACAAAUCAUUCAAAGCGAAGGAUUCUCCACUAAUUAACAACAUGAAGAAGCAGAUGCACUCAAAUACUCAAUCAUUCAGCAAGAAAAUAUUCCCUCUCGACUUUGGUUUCCGAUUGGAUGAGAAGAAGAAAUAUGAAGAGCUGCUGAAUAAGUCCCGUUCAUCUCUACUUGAUGUGAGCUCAAUAUAUGGCACGCCCGUAGGUAAAAUUUCUCCCAAGAUGAGGACCAGGGAAAUUCUGAAGUUGGCCACCAAGAGUCUCCUUCCUAUAGAAGAUCUAACCAAUGGGGAAUCAUCCAAGCCCAAACUGUCCACCAAGGAUACCAUAAUUAAAGUACUAGAUGAUCUUGAUUCUGAGGUGAUUGCUAUUGAAGACUGUGAUUCAGAUGUUGAGAUCGUACCCUCUCCACCUUCACCAAAGCCAGACAUCAAAGUUGAUAGGGUUAACAGCCUUAGGACUACAGUUCAUCCACAUGAACCGCAACAUUCUGACUGGAUUACAAACAUAAUAAAGAAACAUGCCGAGGAGAUCGCCAAGCGGCAGAAGGAGAUCGAGCUGAGGAAAAGCAGACUAGAUGAGAUCCAGAGAAUCAACAAUGAGUGCAGAGCCAAGCUGCUGGAGACGCAGGUGCAGAAAUGUCUUCAUAUCAAAGAGAUCGUGCUGCCUGUCGAGGAGCCGACGACGAAGCUGCCGCAGCUGACGGAGGAGCAGGAAGCGAAGGUCAGCGCCGCUCUUAAUCGAAGCAAGAACAUGGACGCGGUGCUCGCGAGCAAGUUUAGCCUCAACAUAUCACGUCGCGACAUGAUGACGUUGAGCGGACUUAAUUGGCUGAACGACGAGGUGAUCAACUUCUACAUGAACCUCAUCAUCCAACGGGGCAAAAUUGGCAAGUUCCCCAGCGCGUUCGCAUUCAAUACCUUCUUCUACCCGAAGCUACUUAAAGACGGCCACUCCUCCAUUCGCCGCUGGACGCGGAAGGUCGACGUCUUCUCGCACGACCUGAUCUGCGUUCCCAUCCACAUGAGCAUGCACUGGUGCAUGGCCGUCAUCGAUUUCCGGUCAAAGUUUAUCGGCUAUUAUGACAGCAUGGGUAAGCCCAACCACCAAUGCACGGAUGCUUUGCUUAGGUAUCUGCAGGAGGAGCAUCUCGACAAGAAGAAGUGCGAGUUCGACGCGUCCGGCUGGAAGCUGAGAUGCGUGCGAGAUAUUCCGCAGCAGAUGAACGGUAGCGAUUGCGGCAUGUUCUCCUGCACCUACGCCGAGUUUCUAAGUCGCAACGCACAGUUCACAUUUAGUCAGGAAGACAUGCAGUAUCUGCGGAGAAAAAUGGUCGUGGAGAUCAUGGAGGGGAAGCUAUUGAUCAAUUGAUGAAUCGCAUCGUCGUCAUGUCGUCAUCGUUGCGUUCAAUAUUCAUUGAUCAUUUAGUAUGCAUAUAGAGACGGCACGGCACGGCAACGGCACCUACUACAUUCUCUGUUCAUUUUUCCUCUCCGCAACUCUUAAAUCGCGUACAUAAUUAUAAUACUACUACUAAUAUUACUGCUUCUACUACUCGUACUGUUUAUUUAAAUUGUGUAUAUAUAUAUAUGUGUAUGCGAUAUGCGAUAGAAACGACGGUGUAUAGAUGUCAUUUUAUAAAUGAUUGGUUGUUUUACAAGUCUUUUCCUAAGUGUUAGGUCUUUUCUGUAAUAUACAUAUUAUUAUUAUAGUAUUAUUAUUAUUAUUAUUAUAGUUCUACAAUAUAUUUAAUUUAAUCGUAAUGAAGAGUAAGAACAUGAAGAAGAAUGAAGAGAAAGGGAGACAGAGAGAGAGAGAGAGAGAG